UGUGGGUUACUGUGACCAAUCAGGGCUGGAUUGCAGUUCGGUGGAAGCCCUCGGUGUGUGUGGUGAGGGCUCAGCUCCGCGGGACUCGAAUUCAUUCAUUCGGAAACUCAAACCAUGUGAGACCGAGCGAGUGAGUGAGUGAGUGAGUGAGAGAGAGAGAGAGAGAGAGAGAGAGAGAGAGAGAGAGAGAGAGGGGCAGGCAGGCACAGAGAGCAGCCGCCGCUCUCUGACUAGUACAUUAUACUACUAUAAGAGCAGCCAUCCUCACGCUUUAAAAAUACAGGGAACCUAGAAACAGCCAACGCCUCUCCCUUCUCAUUCUCAACCCAAAGAGGGGUCCUGUUUUGCUUUGCUGAUUAUUACAAGAAUCAACUUUUAUAUUAAAUACAGGGUACUGUGGGAAUACAAGAAUGCUGCAGAGCCUCAUUUCCUCUAUUUUGUAUCUACUGUAUUUCACGGAUGCAAUAGUUUCAGGUCUCGAUAAUUUCCGAGAGGAAUCUGAGAUCGUGUUCCCGUCCGUGCUGCAGGAUGGAAGAGCGUACCCUGCACAGGGCAAGUCGGCAGCCGGCCCCACGUCCCGGGAAGUGCGCUCCAUCUCCAACGGGGACGAGUACGAGUCGCAGGAGUUUUACCCGCGGGAGCUGCGAGCUCCUGCCCCGCCCGGCCACCGCGGCGCCGCCGCCACCUCCUCCUCGGCUUCUCCCCGGGGGCUGCAGCUGAAGAUCCCGGCGUUCGGCAGAGAGCUCUACCUGAGCCUGACCAGGGACAGCCGCUUCCUAUCCGGUAACUUCGCCGUGCACAGUCGCCGGAGCCGGCACCACACGUCGGUGCGCUCCUACCGCGCCGAACACUCCUGCUACUACAGCGGAUUCGUGCACAACUCCAGGGGCUCGCUCGCCUCUUUCAGCACCUGCGGGGGACUGAUGGGGUUUAUUCAGAUUAAUGAAGAGUUUAUAUUUAUUGAACCGCUGAAUCACACCAUGGCUGUAACGGGAUAUGCGCAUCGCGUAUACAGAAGGAAACGAUCGAUGGAUGAAAAAUCUGCUGAAAAGCAGGCAUCGCAAAAUUUAUGUGGCAUUUCUGCAGACAAGAGGAGACCCAAAAGCAAAAGACAAUUGGAUAGAGGAAGAGGCCGGAGAUACACAUAUAAAUUAUCUCCUGACUAUAACGUGGAAACUCUCGUCGUUGCUGACACAGCAAUGGUCAACUAUCAUGGAGCUGAUGCUGUCAGGAGAUUUAUCCUGACUGUGAUGAAUAUGGUUUUCAAUCUUUUCCAGCAUAAGAGUCUUGGCAUUCAAAUGAAUCUUCGAGUGACAAAACUUGUUCUGCUUCACGAGAGUCCGGAAGACCUUUAUAUAGGUCACCAUGGGGAGAAGAUGUUGGAAAGUUUCUGCAAAUGGCAGCAUGAAGAAUUUGGCAAGAAAAAUUAUUAUAAUAGCGAUAUGUCCAGUAGUUGGAGAGAAGAUUUACCUGCCAUUGAUUCAGCCAUCCUGAUAACAAGAAAGGAUUUCUGUGUACAAAAGGAUGAGCCUUGUGACACUGUUGGAAUAGCAUAUCUAAGUGGGAUGUGCAGUGAAAAAAGGAAGUGUGUUCUUGCUGAGGAUAAUGGACUGAAUCUGGCCUUUACAAUUGCGCACGAGAUGGGUCACAAUAUGGGAAUGAAUCAUGACAAUGAUCAUCCAUCCUGUGCAGAUGGCCUCCAUAUCAUGUCCGGGGAAUGGAUCAAAGGACAAAAUUUGGGUGACGUGUCCUGGUCGCAAUGCAGCAGGGAUGAUCUGGAAAGAUUUCUCAGGUCAAAGGUCAGUAAUUGUUUACUGCACACAGAUCCUCAGAGCCUCAACUCAGUGAUGCUGUCAUCCAAGUUGCCAGGGAUGAUCUACACAGCAGAUGAACAGUGUCAGAUUCUGUUUGGUCCCACAGCUACUUUCUGUAAGGAGAUGCAGCACGUUAUAUGUACUGGACUAUGGUGUAAAUUAGAAGGUGAACAAGAGUGUAAAACCAAACUGGACCCACCACUAGAUGGAACUGAGUGUGAGCGAGAAAAGUGGUGUAAGGCUGGUGAAUGUGUUAGUAAAACACCUCUUCCUGACUACAUAGAUGGAGAAUGGAGCACCUGGAAUACGUGGAGCACUUGUAGUCGAACAUGUGAUGCCGGGGUACAUUUCCGGCAGCGGACAUGUGAUAAUCCCAGGCCUGGUCCUGAAGGCAAGAAUUGUCAGGGUUCCCGUGUACAGUACAGGAUAUGCAAGAAUCCCCCCUGUCCAACAGGAGUGCCAAACUUUCGAAACUUACAAUGCCAGUCAUUCAAAAGGCCGUCAUACCAAAAGCAUUCCUUGCAGUGGUAUGCUGUCACCGAUGAAGAGGAACCUUGCGCACUCUUUUGUUCUCCCCUGGGGAAAGAUCAGCCUAUGCUGAUCUCAGAGAAAGUGCUCGAUGGAACGCCAUGUGGUCUACAUGAAGCAGACAUCUGUGCUAAUGGCACAUGCCAGAAAAUUGGUUGUGAUGAUGUAUUAGGAUCGUCAGCCAGAGAAGAUCAUUGUGGUGUUUGUAAUGGGAAUGGAAGAUCAUGCAAAGUCAUCAAAGGAGACUUUAAUCAUACCAGAGGAGCAGGCUAUGUGGAAGCUCUAGUUAUACCUGCAGGAGCAAGAAGGAUUCGAGUUGUUGAAGAAAAACCAGCGCACAGUUAUCUCGCUCUACGAGAUACCAGUAAACACUCCAUCAACAGUGAUUGGAAGAUUGAACAUCCAGGAACCUUUAACAUUGCAGGAACUAUCGUGCAUUAUGUUAGAAGAGGAUUUUGGGAGAAGAUUUCUGCAAAAGGUCCGACCACAUCUCCUCUGCACCUCAUGGUGUUGCUCUUCAAUGAUCAGAAUUAUGGCAUUCACUAUGAAUACACAAUUCCAAUUGAGCCAAGACCAGGAAAUCACAGUGCUAAGACCAGUGUGCCUCACUUUAUGUGGACUCACUCUGGUUGGGAAGAUUGCGCUGCCAUGUGUGGUGGAGGAGAAAGAAAGACACUUGUGACUUGUACAAAAAUCAUGAGCAAAACGACAGCUAUUGUGGAUAAUCGGAAAUGCAAACAGCUGAGAAAGCCUGAACCACUUGUCCGCAAAUGCAAUCAGCAACCUUGUCAGACCAGAUGGAUGAUGACAGAAUGGACGCCAUGCUCACGUACGUGUGGUAAAGGAAGUCAAAGCAGAGAAGUGGCAUGUACCCAACAGCUCCGGAAUGGAACGCUGAUUAGAGCUCGUGAGCGAGACUGUCCCGGGUCGAAACCUGCAUCACUACAACGCUGUGAGGGUCAGGACUGCCUGACAGUGUGGGAGGCUGGAAUAUGGUCAGAGUGUUCUGUGAAAUGUGGCAAAGGGGCUCGACACCGAACCAUAAAGUGCACUAAUCCACGCAAGAAAUGCGAUUUAUCAACACGCCCAAAGGAGGCGGAAGACUGCGAGGAUUAUUCGAAAUGCUACGUCUGGAGAACAGGAGACUGGUCUAAGUGUUCCAUCACCUGUGGAAAAGGAAUGCAAUCGCGAGUGAUCCAAUGUAUGCACAAAGUGACUGGAAGACAUGGAAAUGAUUGCUUCCCAUCUGAAAAGCCUGCAGCCUACAGACCCUGCCACUUAAAGCCAUGCAAUGAAAAAGUCAAUGUGAAUACUAUAACCUCACCCAGACUAGCUGCCUUGACGUUCAAAUGUUUGAAGGACCAGUGGCAAGUGUAUUGCAAAAUAAUACGCGAAACAAACCUCUGUCAGGACAUGAGGUGGUAUCAACGUUGCUGUGAAACCUGUAGAGACUUCUAUGCACAAAAGCUACAGCAUAAAAGUUGACACCUUCUUUAGCUCCUGCAAUCAGCACCAAACUUAUUUUUUAUAAGUACAAUCUAAUUUAUGAAAAUACAGAACUACAACUUGUUUAGACCAAGGUACUGAUGUAUUAGGUAUAAUUUAUUCAUUUUAAUUUAUUUUUUGUUUACCAAGAUUUUUUUGGAGUGCUGUUCAGUGGUUUUCAAAAUUCAGAUAAUUUAGCUUUUUAUAUCUAAGAUGGGCUCAUACCUUGCAACUUGCUCAUACAUGACAACUGUCAGAAUGUAGUUUAACCCAGAGUGGGCCUUAAGUUCAUGGGUCGCGUUAAGCCAGCUGGUGUUAACGCUUACUGUAACAUUUCAAAAACUGUAGAGAAAGCAUGUAGCAAAAUAUUGAAGUUCUCAUCAUGCAAUCAGUACUGACAAUAACAAUUGCUUGAAAAAACAGUGACUUGAGAGUAAAACACUGUGGAGCGAAACACUGAAUUACUUUGCAUCAUUCAGGUACUGUCUAACGUUUUGGUCAAUAAUAGAUGUCAACCACAUUAUUGUAAAAAGAUUCACUAUUUGCAGUUUACACUUAGAGAUUUGUGAAGCAGUGCUGAAUGGAACAUUGUGAUUAAUCGCAAACAUCCGCUAAACUUUUCAGGUGCUAAAUUCUGAGAAUAAAAUAUUAUGGAUUACAACUCUGCGAAUUAAAUUUAUAAUGCACAUGCAAUGUGGGCAUAUUUACUCUCGUCUAAUAUUUUCUGUUUAAGAUUCCACAUCUGUGCAUUGCCAAAUACAGGGGUUCCCCGGGUUCUGGAAGACCUGCCUUACAGAAAUCUGACUUUACUCAGAUUAUCCCAUUAAUUUUUUUAAAGAGAUUUUCAAGAUAGUAAUAAUAAUAAUUAAAUGUUUUGUGGUAUUCAUGAACAACUGGAUACAGUUAUGGCAAGUGUGGGUAGAGUGAUAUAAUAGGAUAGCCAUAGAGAACAGACACUUCUGAUUCACGGAAAAAUCAGCUUAAGAUAGUUCUCACGAUCAUAACGCACAACAUAACCCUGUACCAGACGUUAUACAGGAUAAAAGCAAGCAAAAAACCUGCAUUGGCUGAAGUACAUACAGAAAUAUGCAGCAAAUCUCAAAGGGGUGUAGAGAAAUAACUCCACCAUAGUCAUUCAUUAUUUGUGAUUGUUUUUUAAACAUUUUUGGAUACUUUUGGACAAGUUAUACAUUUCCAGAAACAUUUUCAAAAUUAAGUAAUAUAUUAGAUGGUUUUAUCAAAAACUUGGAUAAAGAAAAAAAAAAUCAAAAUAAUGAUGCCAUUAUUCAGAAUAUGCAUUGGCUACAAAAUAAAUAAGGGCAAAAUAUUAUUUUGUCACCAGAAAUUCAGCAGGGUGAUCCAUAUCUGCCACCUUAAUCUCUCCCUGACUUGAUUUCAAACUCCUGGGACUUAAAUAUAAGGGCUGGGUCCCAAUAUCAGUGCCCUUGUAAUAGAGGCAUGUGUCCCAGUGAGAUAUUCCACAAGCAGAACUGCAAUAAAGUGAAGGGUCAACAAUUUUUUUUUAACAUUUUAUUUUCUCUUGAGUGCAUUGUGAUUCCUAAUCCAACUAGGAGCAAUCUUUCUGCGAUUGCUUACUCAUAGUUUUUCUGAUUUGAGACCUUUACUGGGAUGAUUGCCUGUUCUCUGUAGAAGCAAGUACCUGUACUUCUAAAUCUUUUAGGACACCAUUUAUUGAAUCAUUGAGUCAGAGUCAUAGCGUAGCAUAGUGUGAAAACAGGCCCUACAUGUCCCAGCUACACUAGUCCCACCUGCCCGCGUUUGGUCCAUAUCCCUCCAAACCUGUCUGAAUCAGUCUGGGAAUGCUCCUUGCUGCCAUGCAGCAAAACCACACGGGGAAGGCCCAUCUGCUCAGACCUACAUACCCUUGUCCACUAACCAGCAACUACUUAGGGAUAGCAAACAUAUCUGGCCUAGGUCCCUUGCUAGAAUUUCACUCCCUUUAUAAUAUUUCUGUUUUUUAUGUUAUAUGAGAUGUGAUUUCCGAUAAAACAAACACAAAUAAGUUGAAAGACUGAUUAAUAUUAAAAUUAUCUUGGUCUGGUUUUUUUUAACGGAGGUAUUAAUUCAUUUCAAGUAAAAUGUCUCUAUUAAAUUAAAUGGAAAUUCAUAGCAUAAUUUCAAGGUUUUGCUACACAAUGCUGAUUGUAACUGUCGACAUCAUUUAGCAUGUUUUUUACCUCCAUUACAUGCCACUGAGGUAUAUAGUAAUACCCACAUACUUUUAAAAAUUCUGCUUAGUGAUAAGUUUGUGAGCACAUUAUUUUCACCACAAUAUACAUUUUAAGUUCCUAUGUUUUCAGUUGGGAGGUUUAUAAAGAACUAGUAGCUGAUUUUUAUUCCUCUAUUAUUCACUGCAUCAGAGCUCUACACCGAGCUGUACCGUGUAUAACACUAAAAUCUAUAUUUUUAUAAACUUUUCAGCUUAAGUGCCAUUAUUUUGAACACAUUUUGAAAGACUAAAGAUGGGCUGAUUGAGUUUCAGGCUUCAAAAGUUAAGAGCUUGCUUUAUUGGGAAUUAAUUAUUUUAAAUUUGACCUCAGCUGACUUCAAACACAAGCAUCAGUUCUGUACAUUCAGCUCUCAAUCUUAACAUAUUUGAUGACCACAAUUUUCUCUACAGACUGUAAGUAAAGUUGAGCUUUUUAUGAGUAUGUUUUAUUUCAGAAAUGUUGACUGUCUCUCUUGGGACCUUAGCUAACUUAAAUAGUGUUCAUCAGAAAAUGAACAAUAUGUCAAAUUGACAAGGUGCUCUAUUUCUAAGAGGGACAAUAAUUAUUAAUAAGUACGCAAACGCGUUUGUGUCCGUGCAAAUUGUAGUAAUUAGACAGGUGUGGAAAAAGACCUGACCACGUAAAUUUAGUUUCAGGAUAUCUGUUUCAUGUGUCUACAUGCUGGCAAAGCUGAAACACUGUAACUCAAAAGAGCAAGCUGUACUGAAACUCUUUCCUUCUCUUUGUAUGCCCAGAUCUGGUGCACUUCAAUAGCCAAAUUCAUUCAUAUACAGUAACGAAUACAAAAAUAGCCAGGUCUCCUCUAUAGCCAAUUUAUAAACUGCAGAACAAAAUGGUAAUUGGUAUGUGAAACAAAAUAAGAGGCAUGCAAUGAUGGAUAAGCAGGGUAUUUCUUAUCCAUUAGUCGCCUCUUUUGGUUUUAUUUGUUGCAAAUAAUUUUAUUCUAGUAAGAAAUUUCAUAUUAACUUGUCCGGAAUCAUUUAAAUAGUAGAAGAUAUUAUUUGGCAGCUUUCUGAAUUGAUUUUUAUUUUUACUUCAGGUGCAGUUACUGGAAAUUAUCUUUAUAGAAUGGUAGAUCUUAGAAGUGUAACAUUUGAAAUAUUGUUGUCUUGCAUUCUUUGCUUUUAAUAAAAUGUUGAAGAAAUGUUGAGUGUAAUGGGAUUUGCAAACUUGGUAAAAUGUAUCUAUUGAUCUUGUACAUGUGCCGCCUCAGCACCAGACAUUUCUUUAAACUGUAAAUUGUAAAAUAAACAAUAUUUUAAAAUCA